CCAAGCGCGCGCACACGGCUCUUCUUCUUCCCACCACCACCACCAUUACCUCUUCCUCCUCCUCCUCCUCCUGCUUUAAAAGCUCCUCUCUCGCGCGACCCCCAACCACAGGGGCGUGAAGAAGGGCACACGUACCGUUCGCGUCCAUCACGCACGACGCCUCUCGACAUCUCUUCUUGUUCUUGCUCUUCUUGGCCGUGUGUUCUUGAUUGGUUGGUUGGUUCUUGGAACUGAUCUGCGCGGCCGGCCUUGUCCGGGAUAGGAGGAUACGAGGCCGUCUCUUGAAUCCGAAGGGUGGCGCCCAGGUGAAAACGUACGGAAGAGGGCAGCAGAGGCGGCCGGCGCCAUGGUUUCUGUCCGUCGCCAUGGCGUGGCGGCUGGCUGGUGCUAGACUCUACUUGCCGCUGACUCGCCCAGCCGAGAGAGAGAGAGAGAGAGAGGAGGCUUUGCCGCUGCGAAGGAAGGGGUGAAGUGAGUGAGAGAUCGAGGAGGAAGAAGAAGAAGGAGGAGGAGCUCCGGUUUCGUUUCGGCGGUCGACCGGCGCGCCGAGCAGCCAAUAUGCGGCACAUCUCGUCGCUGCUGCAGGGGCUGGCACGCUCGCUGUCGGUGGGGAAGGAGCGGAAGGCCGGCGACGACGACGCGACGGCGGUGCUGCGGACGUCGGGGACGCUGUGGGGCGAGGGCUCCGAGACGCUCGCCGCCGUCUGCUCCCGCCGCGGCGAGAAGGGCAUCAACCAGGACUGCUCCAUCGUCUGCGAGGGAUUCGGGUGCGAGGAGGGCAGCGUCUUCUGCGGCAUCUUUGACGGCCAUGGGCAGUGGGGGCACUACGUGGCGAAGGCCGUGCGGGAGUCGCUGCCGCCGGCGCUGCUGCGGCGGUGGCGGGAGGCCAUGACGCUGGCGUCGCUCAUCGACGGCGGCGAGAAGAGGCUCUGCGAGUGCCAGUUCGACCUGUGGCGGCAGUCCUACCUGGCCGCCUGCGCCGCCGUCGACGAGGAGCUCCGCGGCAGCCGCCGCCUCGACGCCGUGCACAGCGGCUGCACCGCGCUGUCCGUCGUCAAGCAGGGCGACCUGCUCGUGGUCGCCAACGUCGGCGACUCCCGCGCCGUGCUGGGCACCGCCGCCGACGACGACGACGCCGCGUCCGGCGCCGUCGCCGCCGUGCAGCUCACCGUCGACUUCAAGCCCAACCUGCCCCAGGAGAGGGAGAGGAUCAUGGAGUGCAACGGGAGGGUGCAGUGCCUCGCCGACGAGCCCGGGGUGCACCGGGUGUGGCGGCCGGACAGGGAGGGGCCCGGGCUCGCCAUGUCGCGGGCGUUCGGCGACUACUGCGUCAAGGACUGCGGCGUCAUCUCGGCGCCGGAGGUGACGCAGAGGAGGAUCACCGGCCGGGACCAGUUCGUCAUCCUCGCCACCGACGGGGUCUGGGACGUGGUGUCCAACGAGGAGGCGGUGCAGAUCGUGGCGACGGCGCCGGAGAGGGAGAAGGCGGCGAAGCGGCUCGUCGAGUUCGCGGUCCGGGCCUGGAGGCGGAAGCGCCGGGGCAUCGCCGUCGACGACUGCUCGGCGAUCUGCCUCUUCUUCCACUCGCCGCCGUCCUAAACACGCACCCAAAAAGGAAAAACCACACACCGACGAGAGAAAGAUUAGAGUAGAAACAAGACAAUGUCGCCGUCGUCGAGAGGCUCCAAAAGGCAGAUUGCUACAGGCCGGAACAUGCAAUUUGCCGCCAUGAUUGGGACGGUGCACGACUGAGCUGGCCGGCCGGGCGGUGAACUCUGCUGCUGCUGAUAGUGGAUGACCGGGAAACCCUCCGGCUUUCACACCACCGUCCUUGUCAUGGUGUCCGAGAACCAACAGCAGCCACACGAAAAGUCAGGGGGAAAAAAGAUCAAUUUUGUCUUC